AUGACCAUCUCCCGCCCCGUCUUCAAGCUCGCCCCCGGCAUCCAGUCCUACGACUGGGGCAAGCCUGGAUCCUCGUCGCUCGCUGCCCAGCUCGCCCGCGAGUCGGUCCCAGACUUUGAGGUCGACGAGAACAAAAAGUACGCAGAGCUCUGGAUGGGAACGCACUCGACCCUCCCGUCGCGCGUCGACGCGACCACGUUGCUCUCGUCCUACCUCGUCGCCCACCCCAACCUCAUCGGCAGCAAGGUCGCCGCAAAGUACCCCGGCUGCAAGGACGGCCAGCUGCCCUUCCUCUUCAAGGUCCUCAGCAUCGGCACCGCCCUCUCCAUCCAGGCCCACCCGGACAAGUCCCUCGCCGAGCAGCUCUACGCUACCCGUCCCGAGAUCUACAAGGACCCCAACCACAAGCCCGAGAUGGCCAUUGCCCUCACCCCCUUCCGCGCCUUCCUCAACUUCCUCCCUCCCGCGACGCUGCUCCUCCACCUCCUCACCGUUCCCGAGCUCGCCGCUCUGAUCCCCGUUGCCGCCGUCCAGGCUCUCGGCGCGUCGCUCAACCUCCCAGUCACCACCCCCGUGGCUGACCCGGCCGCCUACGUCUCGUCGGGCAGUGUCACCGACGCCCAGAAGGCGGCCCUCAAGGCUGUCUUUGGUGCCCUCAUGUCUGCCACUGCCGAGCAGUACAAGCCUGCCGUCGCUGCCCUCGUCCAGCGCUACCAGUCCGGCACCAACAUUGCCGCCUCGGAGAAGGCCCUUGUCGACCUGGUCCUGCUCCUCGACAGCCAGUACCCGGGCGACAUUGGCACCCUGUGCGUGUUCGUCCUCAACGUCAUCGACUGCCAGGCCGGCGACGCCGUCUUCCUCGGCGCCAACAUUCCGCACGCGUACAUUUCCGGCGACGUUAUCGAGUGCAUGGCCACCUCGGACAAUGUCGUCCGCGCCGGCCUCACCCCCAAGCUCCGCGACGUCCCCACCCUCGUCGACAUGUUGACCUACGAGGCCGGCCCCGCCGAGCGCCAGUUCCUCGAGCCCACAGAGUUCAACCGUGACCCCACCACCAAGAUCUUUGACCCGCCCAUUGACGAGUUUAGCGUCCUCCGCACCCACCUCGCCAAGGACGAGGUCACCACCACCCGCGCCAUCGACGGCCCCUCGAUCGCCGUCGUCACUGCCGGCGAGGCCAUCGUCUCGUGGGGCUACGAGCAGGACCUCAUCGUCACCCGUGGCGACGUCAUCUUCAUGGGUGCCGGCUCCGAGUUCAAGUGGGAGGCCAGGAAGGACACCGAGGUGUUCCGCGCCUUUGUCGAGGCUUAA